AUGGCUGAAUUGUUAUCUGGGGUGAAAAUUCAGCUGAAAGAUGGAAGUCAGGUAGAUGCUGGCGAAUAUCUUAAAGGAAAGAUGGUCGGUCUCUACUUCUCUGCCAGUUGGUGUCCUCCAUGUCGAACGUUCACACCAAAACUGAAGAGAUUCUACGAAGCUGUUAAAGAGUCUCAUCCAGAUUUCGAAAUUGUUUUCGUAUCGAGAGACAAGGAAGCCGAUGAGCUGUUUGAGUACUAUGACGAGCACAUGGGCGAUUGGGCGUUUAUUCCAUUCGGAGAUCCCAAAAUAGAAGAACUUUUGGAAAAAUAUGAAGCGAGGACGAUACCCGGUAUGCGUAUAAUUAGACCAGAUGGAAGUGUCGUUGUAAAGGAUGCUCGCACUGAAGUUCAGGAGAAGGGCUCUGAUCCGGAAGCACUUUUCGACGAGUGGCAAGCAUUUUACAUGUGA